CUCCUCCAUGCUGGAGGACCUCUCUCUGCGCUCUGGCUGUUUCCUCCCCGACACUGAUCGACCCGCUGCGGAUCACUCGGAUAUAUAAAUAUAUAUAUAUUAUAUAUAUACAGACCGGUCCUCAGCCUCAGCUGGAAGAUGGAUUUAUUCCUGCUCUACACUCUGAACGUCUUAAGCGCUGCGUCCGCCGCCACCUACUAUAACUGCAACAGUCCCUUGGUGUCCAUGUUACCACAGUCAUCCUUCCAGAGCUCUUCACAGUCCUCCAUCAGUUAUGUUGCUCACAAUGCCAAGCUCAACACAAGAGAUGAGGCAGGAGGCUGGGUUCCCAUGGUGACAGACCGGGAGCCCUGGCUCCAGGUGGACCUCAGAGACCGGAUGGAGGUGACGGCUGUGGCUACGCAGGGGCGCUACGACAGCUCGGACUGGGUCAGCAGAUACAUGCUGCUCUACAGUGACACGGGGCAGGCCUGGAAACAGUACAGGCAGGAGGACGGAGGAGGGACGUUUGUGGGGAACGUGAACUCGGAGGCCGUCGCCCAGAACAAGCUGUCCCACUCGGUGAGAACCCGUUUCCUACGUUUCAUCCCUCUGGACUGGAACACCAGCGGCUGGCUGGGCCUCAGAGUGGAGGUGUAUGGCUGCUCCUACAAGUCAGAUGUGGCCAACUUUGACGGAAGAAGCUCUCUGCUGUAUCGUUUCAACCAGAAGUCCAUGUCGACGGUGAAGGACGUGAUCUCUCUGCGCUUCAAGAGCCAUCAGGCUGAGGGGGUUUUACUGCACGGGGAGGGACAGAGGGGAGAUUACAUCACCCUGGAGCUUCACAGAGGGAAACUGGCCCUCUACCUCAACCUAGACGACACGAGGCUCAGGUUCAGCAGCAGUCGAGUAGCCGUCACGGUCGGCAGCCUGCUGGACGACCAGCACUGGCACUCUGUCACCAUUGAGCGCUUCAUCAAGCAGGUGAACCUCACGGUGGACUCCCACACGCAGCACUUCCAAACCAGAGGGGAAGGAGACUCACUGGAGGUCGACUAUGAGCUGAGCUUCGGAGGCAUCCCGCUGCCUGGCAAACCUGGCACCUUCCUCAGGAAGAACUUCCACGGCUGCAUCGAAAACCUCUACUACAACGGAAUCAACAUCAUCGACCUGGCAAAGAGACGCAAGCCACAGAUUUAUAGCGUGGGCAACGUGACGUUCUCAUGCUUGCGGUCCCAGCUGGUGGCCUGCACCUUCCUGAGCUCCAGCAGCAGCUUCCUGUCGCUGCCGGUGGUUGCGCCGUCCGCCACCAUGAGGGGGUUCUCCGUUCAUUUUCAGUUCAGGACGUGGAGCCCCGACGGGCUGCUGCUCUCUGCACAGCUGAGGCCGGAGCCCCAGAGACUGGAGCUGCAGAUCAGCAACAGCCGGCUCCUCCUGACCCUCCACAGCUUGGGACAACAAAGAUCGGAGGCCUCUGCUGGUCAUAGAGUCAAUGAUGGACUGUGGCACUCUGUGAGUCUCGACACCAGAAGUCUACACAUCACUCUGACUCUGGACAGUGAGCCGGCCGCCACCAUUGAACAGUGGGAACAACUGGAAGCCAGAGGCAGCUUCUACUUUGGAGGCUGUUCUCCUGCGGGCUGUCAGAACCCGACUCUGGCCUUCCAGGGCUGCAUGCGCCUCAUAUCCAUCAACAGCCAGCCAAUGAACCUCAAUCAUGUCCAACAAGGAUUGCUUGGGAAUUAUAACGGGCUUCAGUUUGACACCUGCAACAUAAGAGACAGGUGUCUUCCUAACCUGUGUGAACAUGGAGGUCGGUGUUGGCAGUCCUGGAGCUCCUUCUCCUGCGACUGUUCCGGGACCAGCUACUCUGGAGCCACCUGUCACAACUCCAUCUAUGAGUCAUCCUGUGAGGCCUACAAGCUGAUUGGCAGCUCCUCUGGCUUCUACUCCAUCGACCCCGAUGGGAGCGGCCCCCUGGGGCCCGCACAGGUCUACUGCAACAUGACAGAGGAGAGGGUGUGGACAGUACUGACCCAUAACAUCACAGCUCCAGUCAGAGUCCAGGGCUCGUCUCUGCAAAAGCCUCACAUCAUGUCGUUAAACUACAGCGCCUCGGCCGAACAACUGCGCACCAUCAUAACGGGGUCGGAGCAGUGCCAACAGGAAGUGGUUUACAACUGCAGGAAGUCCCGCCUCUUCAACACCAAAGACGGCCGCCCGUUGUCCUGGUGGUUGGACCAUGGAGGAGAGAGGCGUAGCUACUGGGGAGGCUUCCUGUCUGGAGUCCAGCAGUGCUCCUGCAGCCUGAAGGAGAACUGCAUCGACAUGAACUACUUCUGCAACUGUGACGCCGACACAGACACAUGGGCUAAUGACACGGGAGUCCUCUCCUACAAAGACCACCUGCCGGUGAGCCACAUCGUGAUCGGAGACACCGACAGAACAGGCUCGGAGGCCGUCUACCAAAUUGGCCCUCUGCGUUGUUAUGGAGACAUGUCCAUCUGGAACGCAGCGUCCUUCUACCAGGAGUCCUCCUCCCUCCCCUUCCCCACCUUGCACGCUGAGCUCACCUCUGACAUCUCCUUCUACUUCAAGACCAGCGCUCCCUCUGGAGUCUUUCUGGAGAACCUGGGCCAUGGAGACUUCAUCCGAGUGGAACUCAGCUCACCUUCAGCGGUGACCUUCUCCUUUGACGUGGGAAACGGUCCAGUAGUCCUGGCUGUGAAGUCCCACCUCCCCCUGAACGACAGACAGUGGCACUACGUGAGGGCGGAACGGAACGUAAAGGAGGUGUCGUUGCAGGUCGACCAGCUUCUUCGCUCUCUGAAGGCUCCAGCUGACGGGCAUCGCCGCUUACGCCUCAACGGCCAGCUGUUUGUAGGAGGAACAGCGUCCCAGCAGAGAGGCUUCCUGGGCUGCAUCAGAACUCUGACCGUCAACGGUGUGACCUAUGACCUGGAGGAGAGGGCCAAGAUGGUGACGGGGGUGAGCUCCGGUUGUCCCGGUUACUGCAGCGGCUCCAGCCUCUGCCAUAACAGAGGGAGGUGUAUCGAGAAGAGCGGCGGCUACACCUGUGACUGUUCGCAGUCAGCCUACGGAGGACCCACCUGUAAAGAAGAGGUGUCGAUGUCCUUCGACAGAAAGUCCUCGGUGACCUUUACCUUCCAGGAGCCCUUCUCGGUGAUGCAGAACAGAAGCUCGCAGGCCUCCGGUGUUUCCAGAGAAAGCAGCAGCAGGGCCAGAGAGCACGUGGCCUUCAGCUUCAUUACCUCCCAGAGCCCCGCCAUGCUGCUGACUGUCAGCACCUUCGGCCAGCAGUACAUUUCUAUCAUCCUGGCUCACAACGGAAGUCUGCAGAUCUGGUAUCACCUCCAGACACACAGGAACCCAGACGUGCUCAGUCCCGUCCUCAGCAGCCUGGCAGAUGGACGACUCCACCGAAUCAGAAUUCACCGUGAGGGCAAAUACCUCUAUGUGCAGAUCGACCAGGACGUCCACAGAAAGUACACGCUGUCAUCUGAUGCAGACCUGAUCCUAAUCAGAUCCUUGACAUUGGGCAAAGUCAUCAGCAGAGACAACUUCCAAGAAGAGGUAGUUCAAGCAGGUUUGAAGGGUUUCAUUGGCUGCCUCUCCUCAGUCCAGUUUAACCAUGUGGCUCCUCUGAAAGCAGCGCUGCUGAAUCGAGGGAGCUCAUUGGUCACCAUCCGGGGUCCACUGGUCCAGUCAAAUUGUGGAGCACUGGCAGACUCCAUCACAUCCAACAAUCUGCGAGACCAAACUGGAACAACAAAGAAGGAUAAGGAGCAGCGUGGCGGUGAUACUCAAAAUGAUGUGGCUGUAAUAACAGGUGUUGUGACAGCGGUGGUGUUCAUCACAGCCUGCAUCCUAGCCGGUGUGACCCGCCUCCUGUACCGGCGGCGGGCCCAGAGGAGCAACAACAGCAUGAAGGAAAAGGAGCACCGCCAUAGUCUGGAGAGGACAGAGGACAGGACAGAGGACAGGACAGAGGACAGGACAGAAGACAGGACAGAGCUGCACCUUCACAACAGGGACAACAUGAAGGAGUACUACAUCUGACUACAUGAAGGAGUACUACAUCUGGCUACAUUAAAGAAAACUACAUCUGACUACAUGAUGGAGUACUACAUCUGACUACAUGGAGUACUACAUCUGGAGUACUACAUCUGAUUUUACGAAAGAGUACUACAUCUGACUACAUGAAAGAGUUCUACAUCUGACUACAUGAAAGAGUACUACAUCCGACUACAUGGAGUACUACAUCCGACUACAUGAAGGAAUUUGACAUGUGACUAGAAGGAGUACUACAUCUCACUACACAAAUGAGUACUACAUCUGACUACAUGAAUGAAUACAUCUCACUAUAUCUGACCAUAUUAAAGAGUACUGCUUCUGACUACAUGAAUGAAUACAUCUCACUACAUCUGACCACAUGAGGGAGAUGUGACGGUGUUCAGUGCUCUGUUAAUGUGGGUGUUUUGUUGCAGAGUUCCUAACAAAUACAGAUCUCUGAGCUGCGGACCUGCACGUUGACCAGGGACACUACGGACACUCUUGGACCUCCCUGCUGAGGAUGAAUCUCUACAGGUGUGUUAGACAUUGCCGAAACUGUGAGAAACGGAGCCACUGCUCUAAACCAGCAGAUGAAUGAAAGACGAAAAAGGAAUGAACAAAACAUGCUGCACAACAUGAAUGAACAUUUUCUAACUAACUCUAAAUGCUGAAUAUUUCCACAUUUUAGUAGAAUAUACUUAAUGAUAUCUGGAAAUCAAGAGAAGUAGGCCUGGCCUGUUGGACAUGUCCACAUUCGCUGCCGUCUUUUAGUAUGCUGGUGAAUGUUGACAGGGAAGAGGAACAGGGGGCCAAUACUGCCUACUGUACGAGUGCCUAAUAUGUACUCCAAGUUUUUCUUUCAACAUUUUAGAAUGAAUGAGGGAAUCCCAUUUCCAUAUGCAAGAACUUGUGUAAAAGAUAAUUUAGCCCACGAUAGAAAAUAGAUAGAAGAAGGUAGAACAUUGAAUCACCCUGUCACUCAACCACAUCAGCCAUUUGACCGUUGGGCGACUGAGUUGUUUUGCACUGCACUGUUCCAAGUAGUAUGACAAUUAACAGACCAGGAAAACUAAUUAAAUCAUUCAAUUAGUUUUAUCUUUCUUUUAUUACCCAGGCCAAUAAGGCGAAGGCCGCAUGGCAACUUGACAUUAUCUGUUCAUUAAUUUAUUCAUAUUAAUUUGAUCAAAGUUUUGUUUUACUAUUUUACAUACAUGUUUAUAUAUAUCUUCAUUGAGUGGUGUCAUGAUUACUCUUACUUCUCUCCUUCUCAAUGAUUUGUACAACUGCAGUUUUAUUAGGGUAUAUUGUAAAGAUGGAUAAUUUAAUAAUAAAAGUGAAAUAUAUUCUUA